AUGGCGGCCACGGCGAGUGCUGAUGACUACGACGACGGAUGGAGACACAAAAAAGGAGGAAUCUGCAGAGGGGCUCACCCCGGUGCUCGUGGACGAGUUUGUGAGGGCGUGGGAGCUCGGGAGGCGGCGGAUCUGACAACAAACGACGACAGCUGUGGCGGGGAAGACGGCUCGAUCCUGAAGUUUGACGGCGCCCCGGCUUGA